AUGGCCGGGAAGGAGGAGAGCCAGAUCUUCGUGGGCGGCCUGUCGUGGUGUACCACCGAGCGCACGGUCGAGGGCGCCUUCCGCCGCUUCGGCAAGAUCGUCCACGUUCAGGUCAUCACCGAGAGACACACGGGCCGCAGCAGGGGCUUUGGCUUCGUGAUCUUCUCCGAUCCGCGGGCAGCAAUCGACGCCAUCAUGUGGAUGCACAACCAGGAGCUGGAUGGCCACACCAUUACGGUGUUCUGGGCUAACCCGAAGGUUGAUAAUGCUGACGGCGGACGAGAUGGUUAUUGUGGAAGCGGUAGAGCCGCCGGCUUCGGCGGUGGCUGCUGCUUCGCGUGUGGCCGCCCUGGCCAUUGGGCUCCCGACUGCCCCGACGCCGGCCGCUGUUCCGGGCGGUUCUCUUCAGAUUUCACCGUUCGUGGCGGCUUCUUCUUCGAGGGGAAGCCGUUUCUCCGGAGUUCGAUAUGCCUCGGGUGGUGA